AUGGUGAAUGUUCCUAAGACCCGUCAGACGUUCUGCAAGAAAUGUGGCAAGCACCGACUCCACAAAGUGACACAGGACAAGAAGGACAAGGAUUCUUUGUAUGUCCAGGGAAAGUGGCGCUAUGACAGGAAACAGAGUGGCUAUGGUCGGCAGACUAAGCCUAUUUUCUGCGAAAAGGCUAAAACUAAAAAGAAGAUUGUGCUGAGACUUGAGUGUGUUGAGCCCAACUGCAGAUCUAAGAAAAUGCUGGCUAUUAAGAGAUGCAAGCACUUUGAACUGGGAGGCUAUAAGUAG